AUGGCAAAAAGCAGAUCUUUACUUCUGGUUCUCCUUCUUAUAUCCGUUUCUCUAUCGACGGCUAGGAUCUUACCCGGAGAAUUUCUUCCGGUCAUCGAUAACGUCAUCUUUUCCGGAGAGAUCUCUCCUGAUUCUAAGGCGGUGGUGGGUUGUGGAGGCGAGUCGCCGGAGACAAAGACGGAAAAUACUUUUAUUCCUGAAGUCACCGCCGGAAAGUUUGGCUCAUUGGUGUUGAAUGCUCUUCCUAGAGGGAGUCGUCCAGGAUCUGGGCCCAGCAAGAAAAGCAAUGACGUCAAGACUUAG